AUGUACAAUGUCCCGGGGGAAAAAGAGUUGAGGUUCCAAACCUACCACGGUAACGCAAUAUACGUAGAGAAUCAUAACUCUCAGAAUCACCCCUACAAGCUCAAACUCAAUCGGUUUGCCGAUCUAUCCCAUGAUGAGUACACAGGGAGUUACAAAAGCACAGAGAUGAUCGAUCAGAGGAGGAAGGGGAAGACUGAAAGCUUUAAGAGUGAUCGAUACUCUCCGACACCCGCAGAUGUUCUACCAGAAUCAGUAGGUUGGGGAGAAAGAAGUGCUGUGGCUCGGGUUAAAGACCAAGGGACGUGCAGGCUUCCAGCUGACCACAAGACAAGAAAGGCUGUUUGUAUCGAUGGUUAUGAAGGGCUUCCUGCCAACAAUGAACAAUCGUUGCUAAAGGCUGUUGCAAACCAGCCUGUCUCUGUUUCUAUCGAAGCUGCUAGCAGGGAUUUUCAGUUCUACUCAGGGUCAUUGUAUUGCAUCUUCACGGGCAAAUGUGGGACCGGUUUGGACCAUGAUGUAGUUGUGGUUGGCUAUGGGACCGAAGCUGGCAAGAAUUACUGGCUGGUGAGAAACUCUUGGGGUGCAGAAUGGGGGGAAAAAGGCUACGUAAAAAUUGAACGCAAUGUAACAGAGAAAACAGGUAAAUGUGGAAUUGCAAUGGAGGCAUUAUACCCUGUCAAGAAUGGCCAGAAUCCUGUCAAACUAACUUACUAA